AGAAAUGAGUCGCUGGAGCGGUUGUGGGACGUCGUUUGCAGUGUCAUUAUUUAUCAACUGUAAUUGUGCAUCAGUUGCCUGUUUUUCUCUCUACAUUUUCUACACGAUUAUUUAAUGGCGCAGGUUCUUGUAGUGGCUGGAGUGUGCCUGAAACUUGUCUGGAAACAUUGAAAUCUACAAUCAGCAUGGCAGACACUGAUGCCACUACAUUGGCUGCUAUCAAUUACUAUUGUCAGGAGAAGCUGUAUCGUCAUAUGCAGACAGUGGCUCUUGAAGCUAUCAAGAAAUAUGGCGCUGAUCCUGUAUUGCAGUUCUUCAAAGCAUAUGGCCUUAUACUUGAAGAUCGUAUUGCUGAGGGUAUGCGUGAGCUUGAAGCUAUCAAAGACAAGCCUGACUUGAUCCUGUGUUCCACCAUGGCUCUAAUGUACUCUCACAAGAGGUGCAAGACUGUAGAUCGAGAAGCAGUUCAGGAAUUAGAUGCCAAACUGAAGGAAGAGAGAAAACGGACAGGGGAGAAGGGGCUGUACUUUGCGGCAACGUUUCUGUGGCACACAGGACGACAUGACAAGGCCAGGGAGUAUGUGGAUAGAAUGCUGAAGAUAUCUCAAGGAGCUAAACAGGGCCAAGUUCUUCGAGGCUGGAUUGAUCUUACCUGUGGCAGGGAUGCUUAUGUCAAGAAGUCGGGCAAAUAUUUUGAAGAAGCACUGAGUGGUGCAUCCAAGAACGUUGAAGCACUGAUAGGCAAGGCUCGUUACUUCACCCUAAGACAUAACUACAGCGGGGCUCUGGACCAAAUCAACCAAGCUGUGGUGUCCUACCCCGGCUUCAUGCCGGCAUUGAUUGAGAAGAUGCGACUCCUGAUGGCACUGCAGGAUUGGGAACAGACCCUGGAGACAGCUCAAAGGGCAUUGAGUCAGCAGUCUAACUGCUUUGAAGCCAUCAGAGUGGAGAUCCUACAUCUAUUAUGCAGGGACGGAAACUACGAAGAGGCUGUGCUUCGCCUGGGUGAGUUGAUCCAAUUGCUGGAUCGAUUUGAACCCAAGAAUGGCUACAUCUAUUGGCACCUGUCAUUAGUCUACAGUAGAGUGUGUGGUCGUAACGCUCAAGUCCUACAGCAAGCAUCUACAAUGGUUGAGCGUGCCGUAGCACUGGAGCCUAACAAUGCAGAAUAUAAGACAGAAUUGGGUUACCAGCUGCUGCUUAAGAAUAAACCCAAGGAAGCUAUGAAGUUCUACCGUAACGCCAUGAAGUUAGAUGAAACCAGUGUGGCUGCACUUACAGGUAUCAUCAAGUGCCAGCUAUUAGAGGAUCAUCUCGAUGAUGCUGAACAACAGUUGGAAUUUCUUAGCGAGAUCCAGGAAUCCAUCGGCAAAUCAGCGGACAUCCUAUUCCUUCGUGCUAUACUUGCCCACAAACGAGCCAAGCCUAUAGAGGAGGUAGUGGCUCUACUCAAUGAGGCUAGCACUACCCACUUUACAGCUCUGAAGGGAAUUCCCCUCGGGAUGGACUACUAUACCCAGAUGAAUCCAGACUUUGUGCUGGAGUUGGUCAAGGAGUAUCUAGCCUUUGCUCCCACUGAGCCCCAGGCACCUGGCCAGCCAGUAAGCCCCAUCCUCAGCCGAUGUGCUUCCAUUCUAGAACCCAUCACUAAGGCUAUGCCUGGCUUACUGGAAGCCUUGCAUAUCUUGAGUCGCAUUCGAUUCCUGUCUGGUCAGAUUGACAUGGCUCAGAGCAGUCUUCAGCAUUGUCUUGAUCGUAAUCUCCAGUUUGCUGAUGCUCACCUCCUCAUGGCACAGAUUCACCUACAUGCUGGCAAUUACAAGCAGUCCUCGCAAUCGCUUGAGAUGGGAUUGAGCUACAACUUUGAGGUGCGAGAAAUGCCGCUGUAUCAUAUGAUCAAAGCUAAGGCCCAACGUAAGAUGAACCAACUGGACGAGUGCAUCAAGACACUGCAGAGCGCCAUGCAGCUACCAGGAGUCAAACAGAGGGCGGCCUCCGCCUCCAAAAGGGGCAGUAAGGCCCUCCCCAUCUCGACCACAGACAGGGUGUCGGUAUACUUGGAGCUAGCUGAGGCAUAUAGACUGACCGAUGCACAGCAUGAGGCAGCUAAGGUGAUGCAAGAUGCCAUCAAUGAGUUCAGUGGUACACCAGAGGAAGUACGGGUGACUAUCGCCAAUGCUGACCUGGCUUUGGCCAGGGGGGAUACAGAACUUGCUCUGUCUAUGCUCAGGAAUGUUGGUCCUACCCAAAGUUACUUUGUUCAAGCUCGAGUCAAGAUGGCAGACAUCUAUCUGAAUCAUCGCAAAGACAAACGGCUGUAUGCAGGCUGUUACAGGGAACUGGUUGAGAAGCAGAGUAGUCCUGAGACCUCCCUUCUCCUUGGUGAUGCUUACAUGAAUAUUCAAGAGCCAGAAAAGGCUAUUGAGAUCUACGAAGCUGCACUGAAGAAGAACCCACGUGAUAGCGCCCUCGCUAGUAAGAUUGGAUCAGCACUGAUCAAGACCCACCAGUAUACAAAGGCAAUCAAUUAUUACGAGGCAGCUUUGAAGACAGGAGGGCAGGGUUUUCUUCGUCAUGAUCUGGCCAACUUGUUGCUGAAGCUACGACACUUUGACAAAGCAGAGAAGGUUCUAAGAACAGCUUUAGAUCACGAAUCUGCUAACGAUGUGUCCACAAUGAUGGAUGAUUGUAAGUUAUUAGUGAUGCUGGCCAAAGUUCAUCGCCAUGCCAACAAGAUGGAAGACUCCAUGUUGGCUCUGACCAAGGCCAGAGAUACGCAAGCCAGAAUACUGAAACGUGUACAAGUAGAACAGCCAGAUGCUGUCACCUCUCAGAAAGCUCUUGCUACAAGCAUCUGCUUCCAGAUGGCUGAACACCAUGCUUCCCAACGAGACUACGACCGAGCUAUCAAGCUAUACAAGGAAGCCUUGGUGUAUACAGAGAGUGAUGGUAAAGCCAUGCUGGAGUUGGCUCGACUCUACCUGGCAACGGAUGAGUUAGAUGCCUGCCAACAUCAACUAGUCCAGUUACUCCAAGGAGAUAAAGAGAAUGAUAAUGCCACUGUGAUGAUGGCUGAUUUAAUGUUCAGGAAGGGAGAGUAUGAACAAGCAACAUUUCAUUUCCAGCAGUUACUUCAAAGAUCACCAGACCAUUAUGAGGCCUUGUCUCGACUGGUUGAUCUACUCCGUCGUGCAGGCAAGUUGGAGGAUGUAGCUCAAUUCUUGGAGCAAGCUGAGAAGGCUUCGUCUAGAGCCUCCAUGGACCCUGGCUUCAACUACUGCAAAGGCCUGUAUGAAUGGUAUAUUGGCAAUCCUAACGUAGCUGUGAAGCAUUUCAACAUGGCACGCAAGGACAGUGAUUGGGGUCGUUUGGCUGUUCGUAACAUGAUAGACAUCUGCAUUAACCCUGACAACGAGACUCUAGGAGGGGAGACAUUUGAAAAUGUCAACACUGAUGCUAUGAGUGCUUCAGAGAAAGCAGAUUCAGAGCAGAUGGCUGUCAGAACGGCCGAAAAACUCAUCAAGGAAUUGAAGCCUCAACCAGGAUCUGAUGACUCCAAGAUCAUGGAGAACUAUGUCCUUAUGGCUUCCAAGUCCAAACCAAACAUAGAGAAAGCUUUGUCAUCAUUUAUGGAGUUGGCAACUAGUGAGAAAGAGAAUGUACCGGCUCUGUUUGGAGUGGCCACAGCUUACAUGAUAUUAAAGCAGACACCAAGGGCUCGUAAUCAACUCAAGCGAAUUGCUAAGAUGAACUGGAAUCCUGUGGAUGCAGAAGAGUUUGAGAAGAGCUGGCUAUUGCUUGCUGAUAUUUACAUCAACUCUGGCAAGUAUGAUAUGGCCACUGAACUACUCCGGAAAUGUCUCCAACAUAACCAGUCAUGUUGCAAGGCCUAUGAGUAUCUUGGCUUCAUCAUGGAGAAGGAGCAAUCUUAUCAUGAUGCAGCUGGAAACUAUGAGAAAGCUUGGAAGUAUGGUAACCAGAACAAUCCAAACAUUGGUUACAAGUUGGCAUUUAACUACCUGAAGGCAAAACGCUAUGUUGAUGCCAUCGAUAUCUGCCACAAGGUCCUAGCGAAUCAUCCUAACUAUCCCAAGAUGCGUAAAGACAUCCUGGACAAAGCAAGGGCCAGCAUACGGGUAUGAAAUUGCUUCACAAUAGUCGUGCAAGCCUUACGGAGGUACCAAAUCUGUUAGUAUGUCAUAUGUCUUGUAGUUUAAAAACUGGAUCUUCAUCAAAUAAACCCUUCUCUGCUCUGCAUUGCUGGACUUUGUUUUUAGACAGUUUGGGUAUCCAAGUUAAUUUGUUUCUGUAUUUGUACCUGCAUGGCACAACAUGUACAUGGCUUUGCAUAAAGUUGCACAAAUUUUGUUUCGGCGCAACUUGCAUGUCCAUACGUAGCAACUUGCAUGUCCA